CUCUUUGUUCAUGCUUUCGUAUGCUUGCAACGACCACGACUUAUCCAAGCGUAGAGUAAAGACAUCCACUUUCCCACUCUAUCAAAAAAGGAUUUUGAUUUUCCCACUCGUGUACUCUAUCUCACGAUAACAGGCUUAUUUUAAUAUUCUACCGCAUUAUUUCUGUCAGAACCCGCAACUUCCCACACUCACAUAAUGUCCACUAAGCGAAAAGCUCCAGCCAUGAAAGAAGAUAAUGCACCCAAAUUCGAGGAUACAUCUACGGUCAACAAUAGCGAGCCUUCUGAGCGCCGACAACGGUCUCGCACAUCCUCCACAGUAUACUCGCGCAGUUACCAUGGUUCUAGUCUGCUGCGUGGUCUAACUGAACUUCAGUUCACACCAGGAUCACGUCAUGGCCCUGUUAAGUUCAAUCAUUUGAGCUCUGAGAGCUUUGUGAAACGUUUAGAACAACAGCCUCCACUGAAAGGCCAUAGUGGCUGUGUGAAUACUCUUGCGUGGGACGAAACUGGAGAAUUUCUCCUCACUGGAUCUGAUGACCAUUACCUUAAUAUCUACAGGCCACUCGACCCCAUCCCAUUGGUACAGAGUAUCCCAAGUGGGCAUACAGGAAAUGUGUUCUCGGCAAAAUUCAUGGCCCAUAGCUCUUCAUCCCUGAUUGUCUCUUGUUGCUCAAAUGGAACCACACGGUUGACAAAUGUGCAUCGGUUCGUGGAAAAGUCACGUAGAGAUGCCUGGGUCCCUUCACCUGGUUUCAAUUGUCAUGAAUCGAGGGCCAUGACUUAUGAGGUUAUGCCCGAUAUGGUUGAUGGACAUAUCUUUUACGAUUGUUCUGAAGACGGAAGAAUAAAUCGUUAUGACACCAGAAUUAGAACUAGCUGCGACUGCAAUGAAGAUGAAGGCUGUGAACGACACACAUUUAUUGAUAUCAAACACCACUCGCGUGGGGAUUCAACUUCGCGUUUGUCAGGUCGUACUAGCUUUAGCUUCGCCCGGUUUCGUCUGGAUUCAACCGAAAUGGUCGUCUCUGCGAUUACACAGCGACCAGAAAAUCCCAAUUAUAUCGCGGCAGCCUGUGGCGAUGACACAGUACGGAUUUACGAUAGUCGAAUGAUCAGAUCUAGAGACAGUCAUAGAGAGGCACAGGUCUAUAGUUUUUCACCGUAUGUUCCCCCAGGAUGGAAAAUAGGGGAAGAUGGAGAGCUUGUGAAGGGUAAGAAUCGUCAGCGGAACUUAAUUGGAACCAAAAUUACCAGCCUCAAAUACGAUCCAUGUAGGACUGGUCAAUUAUUGGCGAGCUAUAGUAGAGGAAACUGUUUUUUGAUUGACCCAUCAGGCAUGACAACAGAGUUAAAUAUGCAAUGGAACCCUACAAAAAAAUCAUCUCACCAUGCCAUACCGGAUUCCGUUGGUAAAAAAUCACCAACAACAGAUGUCAAAGGAAAGAGACGACGGAGUCCAAGCGCCGGGGUCGAGCCAGCUGACCAAUUGGGUCUUGAAUCAGCCGGGGAAGGAAGAAGGACUCUAGGCAGCUGGUCGCCAAUGUUGCCCCGAAAAUCAUCAGUUUCAUCAGCGUCAUCUGAAGCAGCCAUUGGAACUAGCUCAGAGUUAGAUGAGCCGAUGCAUAUUACCAAAGAUAUCCACGAUAUUAACAAAGCGGCUGAUCCUACGCAUGGGAAAAGCGCUGGGCAGGUGCGCUUUCAAUUUCAGGAUCCAGUUACCGAGCUUGAUGAAGAUGAGAGCAUUGAUGGAGAACGUAGCCAACAAGAAGAGCAGCUGCACGAGGACACGGAUCACAUUACUCAAUCUAAUAAUAAUGAGAGUGUUUCUGAAGAUGGGGUUGAUAUUGAUGUUGACCUUAUUCUACAAGGCAAUUCAGCUGAUGAUGAUGACGAAGAUGACUAUCACUACAUGGAUCAAGACUCUGACGGGCACUCCCACACUGAUUCCUUUGGUUUGGAAUCUGACGAUAGCGACGAUGAAGACGAGCUAACUCCUGUUGAGCAAGACGAAAAAGAGUACUGGAUUAGGCGUAGCUUCCAUGCGGGCAAGUCAGAUAUUGUUCAAGUGUAUUCUGGCCACCGAAAUGCUGAUACAAUGAUAAAGGAAGCCAACUUUAUUGGUCCGAAUAGUGAAUUUAUCAUUUCCGGAUCCGACGAUGGUCGUAUCUUAUUCUGGGACAAGCAGACGGGUAAAAUUGUCAAUGUGCUCAAAGGCGAUGAUACUGUUGUCAAUUGCCUUCAGCCUCAUCCAUACUCAAAUUUCGUACUUGCAGCAUCCGGAAUUGAUGACACAAUAAAGAUCUUUAUGCCAACGGCCUCAGAACCUGUAGACCUAUCUCUGGUCCGUGGCAUCAAACGCCCAACCGCAUAUUCACACGAGAUUAGGCCUGCAGCGCCCGUGGAAAAAGCACCAGAAUCAGAUUCAUCGGAAGGAAGGCGUAAAGAAGACUAUUUGGAUCCUCAACUGGCCUACGUGCAAGAAAGACGCAGCUUUGGACAAGAUAAUUUGUUGCGACGCCUGGUCAUUAUCAAUGAUGAAGACGAUGAUUAUAGCGAAAUGGAUGAUGAUGAUGACGAUAUGGCGCCGCGUGAGCUUUUAAUGCAAAUUAUUCGCCAAUUCGCACGGAGGCAUAGGCAGGGCGUUACGGCUACAAGAGUUGGAAGCAGCAGCAAUCCGGACGCUGAGCAGGAAAACGAAGACGAAAACGACUAAAAAUCAUCACAUUGGUAACUCGCCUUCAAUUGCGCCAAGUUUAGCAUCAAGCACACCAUCAAAGUACAUAUUAAUAGCGACACACGCUUAACCAAGACUUUCUGAAGAAUAAAUAAAUAAAAAAAAAGAAGAGGCA